UGCACAAACAAUUAUAGUUUAAAACGACUUGAGGAAUCUCUUAGAAAUUAAUAUUUGAUAUUGAAUAAUAACCCCACUCUCCAUUCUUAUUAUAUAUAACCCUCUCCUGUUUUCAGUUCCCUCACUCUCAAACGUUUCUCUCAUCUUCUACAGCUCAAAUACUUCUCUUCUUCUUCUUCUUCUUCUUCUUCUUCUCUCAAUUCUUCUAGAGAAAAAUCAGAAUGAGUUCUUCAAUGCUUAAAGUUCUCUUCUUUUUGGGUCUCUUGGCCACUUCAUGCAUGGCUCAAGCACCCACACCAACUCCAACACCAACACCAGUGAGACCACCAGUAGCAGCACCAACACCAACACCAACACCAGAGAGGCCACCAGUACCAGCACCAACACCAACACCAACACCAUCACCAAAACCCUCACCGACUCCAUCACCAGCUCAAUCACCGGAAUCUGCACCAUCUCCUCGUUCACCGACCCCACUUCCAGUCACUCCUCCAACUCCAUCAACAACACCUCCCGCUGCAACUCCUCCCGGCAGUACUUCACCGCCCGCUCCCAGCGGUAGCUUUGUCGACGGAUGGGUCAACAGAGCCGCUAUCUUUGGAACUGCUCUAGUUGGAACUUUCAUCGCUGCUUUUAUGAUUUAGAAGAAGUAACGUUUUCGGCUUUCGGAUCGAGAGAUCUGUUAUUCUCCUUUGUUGAUUGAGUAGUGUUUUAUUAUUAUUUAUUUGGUUCUUUUCUUGUAUUUUUCUUGGAUUCAUUUUGUUCUGAUUGUUGAUGAUCAUGGCGAUGAUUAACUCAAUAUUGUUAUUAUUGGGUUUGAGGUGGGGUGAUUAUUUUUGUGGGGUCGAACAACACGUGUAAAACAUCUGAUGGGGAAUGAACAGUGGUGGAGAGGGGCCUGGUGUACAUCAAAUAAUAGUGGAAUAAAACAGUUUGUUAUUCUUUUA